AUGCUCCCCACCGUGGUGUUCAUGGGGUCUCCUAAACGGUUUGAAUCCCUAGAUGUUAGAAACAAAUUCCAAUGUCAGACCCUUUUCUACCUGAGCAGGGUGGUGAAGGGCCUCUCCAUCUGUACCAGCCACCUCCUGAGCGUGCCGCAGUGGGCUGAUCUUCCACACUGUGGCUUCUUCCAACGAUAUGUUGUCAGGAGACUAUUUUUCAUGGUGCUGCUAUUGACAAACGUCACCUUUGUAGAAUGCACACCACUCUUAAGUGCACACAUGGUGAUUCUCUUGUUCAGGCAUCAGAGGUGAUCUCAGCACCUGCACAGCACCAGCUGCUCCCCAAGAUCCUCCACAGAGAAAAGGGACACCUAGACCAUCCUGCUGCUGGUGAGUUUCUCUGUGGCCAUCGUCUGGGUGGAUUUCAUCCUCUCAUCCUCCUCGACUCUGUUCCAGUGUCUCCAUCUGUUAAAGACCUUUGAUGUGGUCACAAAGGAGCAGGCAGCUGUGAGCAGCAGAAUGCAGGCUUCUUGGGUCAAGCCACUUGCUGAGAAUCUGUACCAGAGAGUUGAAGUUUGCAAUGACUUCCUGGUGGAGACAAACAGAUUUGACUUUGCUGCCUUGAUGCUGGUGAUGAACAUGGGAUCUGACGUUGUAGAUCUGAAGUUGUAUCGAAAAUUGUAUGUAUUUUGUCUCCCUAAUAACGGCUCUGCUAGCUUCUUUCUGAAGGAGAGAAACGGUGGAGGGCACACAUUCAUUAUCACUCUUCAAACAUGCCGGGUUACGGACUUGUGCGACCUCCACCAGUGA